CUGGAUCGGCGCGGUGUUUUAACCGUCUACGAGCGAGCCUCGGACGGGGGGGAGGGAGCGCUGAUCUUAAAUCAGUGCUGGAGGCCAGGGAGCCCCGCAGCGGCUAGCCUUUUGUCCGCAAGCGCCGCGCAGGAGCGCGCAAGGCUCAGUGUCCGCCGAGAGAGCCGCGGGAGUUUGAGCGCGCCAACAAGAGCGCGUCGGGAUCGCAGCCGGAGCGCAAACUUCUACAGCAGCUCUUCUCUUCUCUUCUGCACUUGUACUCGGCUCGCGUUUAAAAGCCCAUCUCCCUCUACGCGCAACUUUGUCACUGAAACCCAAGACUCUCAAAUUAUUGUCCAGCUUUUCUAAAAGGCACUUUAAAGGACUCAAACACUUUUAUAUCUCAUCAUCAUCCCCGUCUCGUGUGACUUUUUGGGAAGAAUCGAAGAAGGACGUAAAUAAGUGGAUUUUUUUUUCCCCCCAAUAAUUUAACUUUAUGAUUUUGCUGGGAUAAUUCUUUGGAGAUACUUUGGACAGGGUUUCACCUCGGUCGGUGCGGCGAAGCCAAAGACCCAGCGGACGGAGCGUGUUAGUAAAGAGCCGGUGAUCUUCAUUCCAGGACCGACCGACCGACCGACAGACCAGUGAUCUUCAUCCACCAGGACUAGCAAACUGCCUGGGCUGGUGGUCUUCGCUGCGAAGCGCGCGCCGCUCGAGAAGGAGCGCGAGGCAGCCGCUCCACCGCGAUAACGCCGCUCCUAAAACACCGAAUUAAUAGCGGAAGGCGGGACGGCGCCGUCUCCCCCCUCCGCCAUGCAGGGAUCUCGCGGGGUCGCUGUCAUCUCCACGCUGGCCCCGCUCGCGCUGGUCCUGCUCGCGCUGCUGCCGCCGCUGGCGCGCGCCGAGCCCAAGGCGCAGAGCUGCAGUGAGGUGAAGGCGGCGUACGGCUCCAAGGGCUUCGCCGCGAACGACGUGCCGAGCCAGGGCCUCAGCGGCGUCCAGCUGAAGGUGUGUCCGCAGGGCCUCACCUGCUGUACGCUGGAGAUGGAGGAGAAGCUGAGCCAACGGAGCCACUCCGACCUGAAGGCACCGGUCGACCAGCUGAGCUCCAACAUUCACGCCAUGUUCACGGAGAGACAUCGACACUUUGACCAGUUUUUCCGCGAGCUGCUGAUCAACGCGGAGCGCUCCCUGAACGACAUGUUCGUCCGCACCUACGGCCAGAUGUACAUGAAGAACGCGGAGCUUUUCGGGAACUUCUUCCGGGAGCUGAACCGCUACUACGUCUCGGGCAGCGCGGCCGUCAACCUGGAUGCCAUGCUGGCGGACUUCUGGGCGGACCUGCUGGAGCGCAUGUUCCGCCUGGUCAACGUGCAGUACGAGUUUCCCGACGAGUACAUGGAGUGCGUGAGUCGGCACACGGAGCAACUGCGGCCCUUCGGCGACGUGCCGCGCAAGCUCCGCCUCCAGCUGACCCGCGCCUUCGUGGCGGCGCGCACAUUUACCCGCGGCCUGGAGCUGUUGCCGGAGGCGGUGGGAAAGGUCUCCGCGGUAAGCACGUCCCCUGGCUGUGCGCGUGCCUCCAUGAAGAUGCUCUAUUGCCCCUACUGCUCAGGGCAGGUGGCCCUGCGGCCGUGCCAGAACUACUGCCUGAAUGUGUUGCGUGGCUGCCUGGCCAACCAGGCCGACCUGGACUCGGAGUGGAACAACUUCCUCGACGCAAUGCUGAGUCUUGCUGAGAGACUGGAGGGGCCGUUUAACUUUGAGUCCGUGAUGGACCCCAUCGACGUGAAGAUCUCGGAUGCGAUCAUGAACAUGCAGGAGAACAGCAUACAGGUCUCUCAGAAGGUUUUCCAGGGCUGUGGCCAGCCCAAGCCAGCUAGGGAAUUCCGCUCCACACGCUCCAUCAAGGAGGGAGGCUUCACCGGCCGCUUCCGUCCCUACAGUCCAGACGCACGGCCCACCACUGCGGCUGGAACCAGUUUGGACAGACUGGUAACCGAUGUGAAGAAGAAACUGAAGCAGGCAAAGAAAUUCUGGUCCACGUUGCCGGACAUGGUGUGUACUGGGGACUGGGUGGCCCCAGUGGAUGAAUGCUGGAACGGUACCGCCAAGAGCAGGUACGAGUCAGUCCUCACAGGCAGCGGCCUGGCCAAUCAGGUGUCAAACCCGGAGGUGGAGGUGGACAUCACGAAGCCAGAUGUGCUGAUUCGUCGGCAGAUCGCCGCGCUCAGGGACAUGACCAGCAGGUUGAAGGCCGCCCACAGCGGCAAUGACAUCACCGUCGAGACAGAGGAGGACGGGAGCAGCGGUGGCGAGAGCGGCAGCGGCUGCCAGUUGCCUUCAUGCGACGAAGACCGAGACAUCUUCUUCUCCACGCCCACCCCUCUAAAGCCCCAGAAGCCCACAAAGCCGCACACAAAGGAAGAGAAGCGGAAGGAGGAGAACGGGAAGGCGAGGGCAAACGUGGCCGUGAGCCCAGUGAGCCCGAGCAGCACAGUAUUGGCGCUGGCAGGGGUUGCCGCGGUGCUGCUUGUCCCACAGAGAUAAGUCUUGCCACAGGAGAGAGCAGGAGAUGACGGAGCUGUCAGGGACGCUGUGGACCGCCCUCAGGACCCGGUUCUGCCUGCCACCUAGAGACCAUGCUUCUUCUACAUGUUUUAAUCACAUCUCUUUUCUGCCCUAAAAGGACAACAUGCAAGUUUAAAUAACUUUUAAAUACUUGUUCUGCAACCUUUUUAAAUAUUUGUUUCAUUCUUCUUGUUUGCCAGUGCCGGACUAUCGGUCCAUUGAUGUUUGUCGCGUGUGUGUGUGUGUGUGUGUGUGUGUGUGUGUGUGUGUGUGUG